AUGGAACAAACUUUGCGUGGACUGGACGUCAAGGAAGGAGACAAUGUGCUGGACGAACUUGCUACUUCGUUGCAGAACGGAUCCACGAAAGAGACCCGCCGCCCUUCCAAGGGAACUCGGUUCUUCCGUGGCUUACGACGUGCUGCUGGAAUAUCUGGAGAACGAGCUGUUGCAACAUUUGGCGAUCCAAGUGGAUGCGUCACGAAUAUUUGCAAGUGCACACCAGAGAUGGCUCGAGAUGGCCACCACAAAGUUGGAACUCUUAGUCCUAACUGGUCGAGUAACCUUCGACUGGAGUUCCCAGGCUGUGCCCGGGGCUUUACGUAUUUUUUGAAGGUGGAGGUAUUUCAAAGCCGCUUUAUGCUGCCGGAUGAACUACUGGGUGUUUGCAAGAUCAACGUCACACCACAUUUAUCGCUUGUUUCGGGGUCUGCAGAUGCUAAGGCGAACGGUGCACUUCCUCGCUGGCACAAUCUAUGUGACCAGUAUAAUGAUUGCAAGGAAUCAUGGGCACCACCGACAGUAUUUCGCGGACGGAUCCAGCUUGGCAUCAUUUUUGCUCCUUCAGUUACAUCUGCAGAGAAUUUUCCUCAAUCUCAGGGACUGCGGCGCAUGGCAAGUGAUGGAAGUCUGAUGGGACCUAGACGAAGUUCUGCCGAUGAAGUUUUGCUGCAGAGCCUGUCGAGAUACGACCUUUGCGAAGUUGUUAGAUAUGAUAAACGAGGCGCUACUGCUACGUUCGAUAUCCCAGCGGGCAUAGGAGGACGUUAUGUAUCUCGUCAAAUUCGAAGCAGAACAGGUUCCUUUGUGAAACAACGUGCGCAUGGUCUGACGAACGCAGAAGCUGCGACAGCGAUUAUUAAUGAAACGCAUGAGCUUGCGCGACUAGCUCGCAAUAACCAUAGCUUUUCGGGCAAAAUUACAACUUUCGAUGUCCCGAAAAAGUACCAGCUGAUCAAGGUGGUGGGUGCUGGUACCUACGGUGAAGUGGUCGCUGCAAGUGAUGUUGAGUCAGGAACAACCGUUGCUAUAAAAAAGAUCACCAAUGCGUUCCAAGACCUGCCCGAUACGAAGCGCAUUCUUCGUGAAUUGUUUUUGCUCCGACAGCUGAAUCUCAUGGAAGCUGAUUUGCAUCGUGUAAUUCAUUCUACGCAAACACUGACGGACGAGCACGUAGCGCACUUCAUGCGACAGCUUUUACGUGGGUUGGCUUACUUGCACUCCGCGAAUCUUCUCCAUCGAGAUUUGAAACCAUCAAACAUCUUGGUCACGAGUACGUGUGAAGUCAAGAUAUGUGAUCUUGGUCUAGCACGCUACGUGGAUUAUUCCAAGUCGAAAUGUAUUAGGGGAUCGUCUCCUGAGGACGCGUUUGUGGAGCUGACUGAAUAUGUAGUUACGCGGUGGUAUCGCGCGCCUGAAAUUCUUCUGGACGGAUGCCGGUAUGAUAAACCUUCUGAUUUGUGGUCUGCAGGCUGCAUUUUGGGUGAGCUGCUUGGCCGGAAACCGUUAUUCCCGGGGUCUAGUACAACUAACCAGCUGAACAAAAUCUUUAACAUACUUGGUACACCCGAUACCUUUUACAUCGCCAAAAUCUACAAAGAAGCAGCACAGAAGUGGGUCCAUCGCCAACGACGGCGUUCGAAGAUUCCUUUUGAAGAGUUGUAUCCAAACGCAAAUCAAAAGGCAUUGGACCUUUUGGACAAGCUUCUCGUGUAUGACCCGAAGAAGCGUAUUACUGCUGUUGAGGCUCUGAAACAUCCGUAUCUGCGUGAGGCAUUUCGGUCAGGUAUGAGUGAUAACACUGGAGAUGACGAGACGUUCUAUUACAAUGAAGCAGAACAGAACGAGGACAAGUUUGUGGGUAAAAUUGAUGACUCUAAUGAAUACGUACCCGAGACAAAGCAAGAAAUGCAAAAGGCAGUGUUUGAGCAGGUAUGCCACUUCCACCCUGAGGCGCGCGAGUAUGAGGAGUGGUUAAAGAAGCACGACAAGAAGUUUUGUGUUGACUCGAAAACUGGCAAACUCAUACCUAUCAAGACUGGCAUCAUGCUUAAACCCACGACGGCUGAGCCGCACAAGAUAGCAGGUCUAGGGUCCGUGGCGUUUUGGCACGUGCACGAUGAAGAUGAAGAUGAGCGUACCUUCUGUGGGAUAGCAUCAUUGUGGCAGUGCUACCGACAAUUUUGA